GACGGAUUGUUAUGAAAUUUGGUACACGGGUAGAAUGUAAACUGAAAUAACACACUGGUUACAUUAUAUGCUGAAAUUCCCACGGGAGCGAAGCCCCGGGGCGCAACUAGAGUGCCGAUUAAGGGAUAAAGAAAAAUGCAUGUGGUAGUGUGGACUGUGCUAUUAGGUGCGACGUCCGCCCAGUACUAUGACACGUUCACCGGUCAACCGAUCUCGCAGGCCCGGGUUGAGCAGCUGCGUACCCUUAAUAUGUUACACACAUGCGCAAUAGAAGUGAAGCCGUGCAACCCGCACGAGCCGCGUCGUCUCGACUACACGUGCAACAACCUGAAGCACCCGGCGCGGGGGGGUGUGUACACCCCCUACCACCGCAUGCUACCGCCGCGGCACUCUGCUGAGGGGGGCAUGGCCGUCGCUAAAUCUGGAAACGACUUGCCCAAUGCAAGGAAACUGAGGAUCGGUCUGCUGACAGACGCGCGGAAGGAGAACAAGAAAUACACGCAUCUAAUCACAAAUGUAGCACUACAGAUUACGGGAGACGUCACCUCUAUACACGACAGCAUAAACUACAUAGCAAUAACUCAGGAAUGCUGUACUCCUGCCGGCGCGCAGCGGCCGGAGUGUAUCCCCAUUCUGGUUGAUGAAGAUGACUUGUAUCUGAGAAACACCGAUGUCAGGUGUCUCAAUCUGACCAGAGCUAUCACAUACCAAAGGCUGGGUUGCGUGCCAAAGUCUGUGCCAGCUGAAAGGGUAAAUACAGUGGCGCCGAUGCUGGAGCUGUCCAGCUUAUACGGGCACGAGACGCCUGCUGCCAUGAGGUUCAGGGAAAUGUCCGGGGGGCGGCUGCGGGCGGACUCGCUGGGCGGCAAGGACUGGCCGCCCGCCUUCGCGUUCCAACCCAACCCUUGCGUCAUGAACAGGCCGAUCAAUGAGACCAGGUGUCACGAUUCAGGUUCAUCAACAACCAAUAUUCUAUUUGGUGGGAAUAUGAUGUUCCUGCAGUUUUACCGGCUGCACAAUGAAAUAGCCAAAAUGCUGGAAGCAAUGAACCCCUGCUGGAGUGACGACCAGCUAUACUUCACCACAAGGGAGAUUGUUAUUGGCAUUUCUGCCCAUAUUAUUUAUUACGAAUGGGCGCCUGAAAUCUUAGGAUACGACUAUCUGGUGAAUAACAAGGUGAUAUUCCCCGGCGCAUUACACGUGGACGAUUACGACCCGAAACUGGAGCCGAGGGUGAGCAUCGAGUACGUCACCGGCACCAGGUGGUUCCACGUCUUGCAGGAGGGGAGAGGAAAUUUGUACACCAAAGAAGGCAAGCUGUUCGGUAUGAUUCCUAUGGUGGACCUGACGCUGCGCACAGGAAUUUUGCCACUCAACAACACCAUCCAAGGCCUCACCCAGGGCAGUUUCAGACAGGGCUGCGGGUACAACCAGGGCACCGUCGAUCCUGAUAUGAGCGAACGAGUGCUGACGAGAAUGCAGAAGGCUUCCGACGUGAUCGCUUCAGAUAUAAUGAAGGGGCGAGACCAGGGGCUUCCCCCUUACAACGAGUAUCGCAAACUAUGUAAAUUGCCUGUAGCUAAAAGCUUUAAGGAUCUGCAUCAGUGGAUUGAUAGAGAGCAAGUCGAAACCAUGGAGUCCCUAUACGAGAGUGUAGACGACGUGGAGCUGAUGGCGGCAAUCUACGCUGAGAGGCCAAUGAAGGGCGCGGUUGUGGGACCGAUCCUCGCGUGCAUCAUGACCGACCAGUUGCUGCGGUGGCGGCGCGCCGAUCGCUACUGGUACCAGGGCGUGGUGCAUCCUUAUGCGUUCACUGCAGAUCAGCUUCGAUCGAUUCAGCAGAUAACAUUGGCCAAACUGUUAUGUAUAUCGGGAGACAGCGUGGAGGCGAUUCAACCUCAAGCGCUUAUAUUACCAGGCCCAGGGAACGAAAUAACAGACUGCAAACAUUACAAGGACCUGAAUCUGGAGCCGUGGCGGGACGUCAAGUGUCAGAAGAAGACAGACGAGGACCUAUACGAUCCAUACAGUGCCCAGAACGAGUAUUAUUGGUUAUAAACAACUUUAUAAUCCUACUAGCAGCCCGUCCCGGCUUCGGUCGCGUAAAAACAUAAUAAAUUAUAUCCCUAAACCUUCCUUAGGAAUCGCUCUGUCCAUUGGUGAAAACCGCAUGAAAAUCCGUGCAGUGGUUUUUGAGUUUAUCGCGAAUAACAAUAGCGAUACUCGAGGCGCGAUAAAUUUGUGUGGCCUUUGAGAAGGACUCCACAUCAUCAACAGCCAUUUGAAAAUACCCCAGAAUGAAUUAAUUAAUGACUUAGUUAUUAUAAUAACUAGUUUUUAAACUGUGGCGGAAUCUCUUUCGCCAAUUCUUCUCCUCUAUGGUCUACUCUAGAGAAAAAGAAGAAGAUUGAUUUGUGUCAAGCAAGAAAAAAAUGUUAUUACAUAAAAUAUAAUAAUAUCUACUUAUAAUUUUUAUUUACAUUAUCCGUAUGUUUAAUAUAUUUAUAUGUUACACACGAACUACGGUAAAUUUUAGAUAUUCCAUUAAAACCUAAAAUGUAUCAACUCUUAAUGGUAAAAGUCCGAACAAUUUAGUGAUUCUAACUUUUACCACCAUUCACUUGGUAAAUCAUAAGAUUUACAUCAAAGGCACGGUAAAUGUUGAAAAAAUAAUUUUACUUUUGUUAUUUUUUACUAUUUAAGAAGUAUUUUAAAGGAAGGUAUAACCUUACAUUUAAAAUGUAAAAACAUUUAUAAAUAAAAAUACUUACCAAAUGAAAAUAAUUCAAAAUAGCUAAGGAUUUGACUAAUUACUUAGUUAAUUAAUUACUCUCAUAAUUAUGAUACCUACAUAAAAAUAUGUAAG